UGUUCUCUCAGUCUGCUGAAGAAGAUGAGCAUGGUUCCGCUGUGCUGGUGACGCAGCUAUCGAGUCUGUCUGUGUUUAUCUCUGUAAAAUCAGUAAAAUCAGUCGUUUACUCGCCUUAACGCCUCCCUCCCCCUAACUCCAUCAGCAUGGGGAAAAAGGAGAGGGGAGAUCGGGAGAGGAAGUCUAAGAAACGGUAUCAUGAGGAGGAUGAGGAUGAGGAAGAAGCCAUGGGGAGCGAGUCACAGGAGGCCAUUCCUGCAGCAGCCGGCAAGCAAGUGGAUGAAUCCAGCACUAAACUGGAUGAAUAUGGGGCUAAGGACUACCGCUCACAGAUGUUAUUGAAGAAUGACCAUGGUUCUCGACCUCUGUGGGUGGCUCCUGAUGGUCAUAUCUUCCUGGAGGCUUUCUCACCAGUCUAUAAGUACGCUCAGGACUUUCUGGUGGCCAUAGCCGAGCCAGUGUGCAGACCCAACCAUGUGCAUGAAUACAAACUGACCGCCUAUUCACUCUACGCUGCUGUAAGUGUUGGCCUGCAGACAUCAGACAUCGUGGAGUAUCUCCAGAAGCUCAGUAAAACCUCAGUGCCAGAUGGCAUCAUUCAGUUUAUAAAGUUGUGUACUGUGAGCUAUGGGAAAGUCAAGCUGGUACUGAAGCACAACAGGUAUUUUGUGGAGAGUGCUUUUCCAGAUGUGAUCCAGAGGCUGCUGCAGGAUGUUGUGAUUCGAGACUGCCGUCUGCGCACUGCUGAGGGGGAGGAGACUGAGCUCAUCACUGAGGUUAUCUCCAGCAAGCCUGCAAUUUCGAAAUCUCUGCAGGAUGGCAGCGGAGCGUCCACGUCCCAGCCGGCAGAGGGUCAGCGCACUGGUGCACAGGUCCCUGAGGACAUCUUCAGCUACUACGAACAGAUGGACAAGGAAGAGGAGGAAGAAGAGGAGACCCAGACUGUAUCUUUUGAGAUUCGACAGGAGAUGAUUGAAGAACUACAAAAGCGCUGUAUCCAGCUUGAAUAUCCUCUGUUGGCGGAAUAUGAUUUCCGCAAUGACACAGUCAACCCUGAUAUUAACAUGGACCUGAAGCCCACAGCCGUUCUCAGACCUUAUCAGGAGAAGAGCCUCCGCAAGAUGUUCGGCAAUGGUCGAGCUCGCUCUGGAGUCAUCGUUCUGCCCUGCGGUGCUGGGAAGUCUUUAGUGGGAGUGACUGCAGCCUGCACGGUGCGGAAGCGCUGCCUGGUACUGGGAAACUCAUCUGUGUCGGUGGAGCAGUGGAAAGCCCAGUUUAAGAUGUGGUCCACCAUUGAUGACUCUCAGAUCUGCCGCUUUACGUCAGAUGCUAAAGACAAGCCCAUUGGCUGCUCUGUGGCCAUCAGCACCUACUCUAUGCUGGGUCACACCACCAAGCGCUCCUGGGAGGCUGAGAGAGUCAUGGAGUGGAUGCGCAGCCAGGAAUGGGGGCUUAUCAUCCUCGAUGAGGUCCACACUAUUCCAGCAAAGAUGUUCCGGCGUGUUCUGACCAUAGUCCAGGCCCACUGUAAGCUGGGUCUGACCGCUACACUGGUGCGAGAGGACGACAAGAUUGUAGAUCUCAACUUCCUGAUUGGUCCCAAACUGUACGAAGCCAACUGGAUGGAGCUUCAAAACAACGGCUACAUCGCAAAAGUGCAGUGCGCUGAGGUGUGGUGUCCGAUGUCGCCUGAGUUUUAUCGUGAGUACGUGGCUAUAAAAACUAAGAAGCGGAUCCUGCUGUACACCAUGAACCCCAACAAGUUCCGAGCCUGCCAGUUCCUCAUCCGCUAUCACGAGAGACGCAACGACAAGAUCAUCGUCUUCGCCGACAACGUCUUCGCACUCAAAGAAUACGCCAUCCGUCUCAACAAACCAUACAUCUAUGGCCCCACAUCUCAAGGGGAGAGGAUGCAGAUCCUCCAGAAUUUCAAGCACAACCCCAAGAUCAACACCAUCUUUAUCUCCAAGGUGGGAGACACGUCAUUCGACUUGCCUGAGGCGAACGUUUUAAUUCAGAUCUCGUCUCAUGGAGGAUCUCGCCGUCAGGAGGCCCAGAGGUUGGGCAGAGUGUUACGUGCCAAGAAAGGAAUGGUUGCUGAAGAGUACAAUGCCUACUUCUAUUCGCUAGUAUCUCAGGACACACAGGAGAUGGCCUAUUCUACCAAGAGACAGCGUUUCCUGGUUGACCAGGGAUACAGUUUCAAGGUGAUCACUAAGAUGGCAGGAAUGGAAGAGGAGGAUCUGAUGUUUAACACACGUGAGGAGCAGCAGCAGCUCCUGCAGAAGGUUCUGGCAGCAUCUGAUCUGGAUGCAGAGGAAGAGGUAGUGAUGGGAGAGAUGGGAGGAAAACCUCAGUUUUCUCGCCGGCCCGGUACCAUGAGCUCCAUGUCAGGCGCUGAUGACACCGUCUAUAUGGAGUACCAUACUCGUGGCAACAAAGGAGCAGCCAACAAGAGCGUCCACCCUCUGUUCAAGCGCUUCCGCAAGUGAUUUCUUCACUGCUUCACUGUGUGAGAACGGUUCUACUAAUGCCAGCCGGGAUUCUUCAGAAGCCAAGCCCAAAUCAUGGACUCUCACUGAAGAACACUGGGAGUGAGACUUUUCCAAACGGGAGUGUGAAGAAAGGGGUGGAAUAUUUAUGGGUUGAAGAAAAAAAAACUACAGUUGUAAAGAAAAGACUACAACCUGGAGUAGUGCUGCGUUUUAUUUAAACUCUGUUGCUGGAAUUCCGGAUAGAAAAUUUAAACUAGAUGCUCCAACUGGUCUCCUUUCUUACUUUGAAAGUCAAGAGUCUCGCAACCCUGAAUUCAGAAUUCAAGAUGGCUGCCUCGCUUAUUAACAGUAGCAAAGGCAGACACACACAGUAUUGUCUGAUUCUACCUGUGAACAUAUUUAACUUUUAUUUUACAUUGUUUCCACACUACUUUGUUUGGUCUGAACUAAAAGCAGGAGUAAAGCACAUUAGAAAGGUUCCUCUAACCACAGUCCAGCCCAAAGGACUCGACUUUCUUCCAACUAAAAGAGGUGGUCUCUGUCCAGGUUGCUCACUGAUUGUGUGCUGAAAUCACGCAGUAGUAUUGACACAUGCUUACACUGGGAAUUCAUUUAUUUACUAUAACUGCAUAUUAAUUAUUAUCUUUUACACUUUUUAUGGUAUGGGACGUGUAUGCCAUGGAAGGGGAGUCUGAUUCUGCUGAUUCUGACAAAGAGCUGGAAAUUGUCACAACACCUUUCAAAGCAACUUGCUGAACUCUAAUUAACUAAUUCUAAUUAACCUACUAAUUUUCUACAAACCAGUUAAUAUGGGGUAUGGAGAGACUCCGCUCACAUAGCUGAUGACGACAGAUUAAGUUAAGUUCUUUAGUCCACUCACUUAGCUAAACAAACCAAAUAUAUACAGUGUAACAAAUACAUAAACCUUGAUGUGGCUUCUGGUCCAGACUUUCAGGUGUUAGUAUGCCAUACAUGUGCAAAACACUGUAUAAUGUGUUAUUAUCUGGCAUUGCUAACAGUGUUAACAAUAUUAGCUCACCUGUAAAUGAAAUGCAGCAUGACAUAUAGUCCUGGGAAAAGUGUAGUCUGCUCACUGUUUGAGUCACCUGAUUCAAACCUCAGGCUUCUUUCUUGAGUUCUUUGCAGUUUGAAUCUGAAUCGAAAAAGUUGGAUGUGCUAAACUGUGUAAAAGAACACUGUGGCAAGGAAUGAUUGAAUUUAAGUCAGAAUGGAAGUUUCAUAUGCAGACCUUGUAUAUUUUUGUUGAUGUAAAUGUUUGAACUUUUUCUCUGUUGAAUUUAAUAUCUCUCAUGUCAUGGGAUCAUUAAAUAAAAUGUUGUUGUUAUGCUUC